UGUCAGUCAGUGUCAGGGCGGCGGCGGCGGCGGUGGCGGAUCCCCCCAUGGCAUCGGCGGGGCCCGCGGCGGCCGCGGCUCCCGCUCAGCUCCAAGCGGCGGUGGCGGCGGGGGGGCGCCGCGGGCCCCCCCCUCGGAGGCAGCCGGCGAUCGCCAUGGCAGCGCCUCGCAGGUGAGACCUCGAAAUCCCUGCGGACUCGGCGCAUUGCCGGCCUCCGCCGCCAUGGCGUCGCCGGCCGUCAGCCCCGAUUCAUCCUCGCACGAAGCCCUCUCCUCCGUCAACUCGGCCCCAGCGUGUUCGCCCACCUCCGACUCGGAAAACCUCAGCCCCGAUGAACUGGAGCUGCUGGCAAAGCUGGAGGAGCAAAAUCGGCUGCUGGAGGCCGACUCCAAAUCGAUGCGCUCCAUGAACGGCUCCCGAAGGAACAGCGGCUCCUCCUUGGUCUCCAGCUCCUCAGCCUCCUCCAACCUCAGCCACCUCGAGGAAGACACCUGGAUCCUCUGGGGCCGCAUCGUCAACGAGUGGGACGAGUGGCGGAAGAAGAAGGAAAAGCUGCUGAAGGAGCUCAUCCGCAAAGGGAUCCCCCACCACUUCCGUGCCAUCGUCUGGCAGCUGCUCUGCAGUGCCACCGACAUGCCCGUCAAAAACCAAUACUCGGAGCUGCUCAAGAUGUCCUCUCCCUGCGAGAAACUCAUCCGACGGGAUAUCGCCCGCACCUACCCGGAGCACGAGUUCUUCAAGGGACAGGACAGUCUGGGCCAAGAGGUGCUUUUCAACGUCAUGAAGGCCUAUUCACUGGUGGACCGGGAGGUCGGAUACUGCCAGGGUAGCGCCUUCAUCGUGGGACUGCUGCUCAUGCAGAUGCCCGAGGAAGAGGCUUUCUGUGUGUUCGUGAGGCUGAUGCAGGAAUACCGCUUACGGGAGCUCUUCAAACCCAGCAUGGCCGAGCUGGGGCUCUGCAUCUACCAGUUUGAGUACAUGCUGCAGGAACAGCUGCCGGAGCUGAACAUCCACUUCCGCUCGCAGAGCUUCCUCACUUCCAUGUACGCCUCGUCCUGGUUCCUCACCCUCUUCCUCACCACCUUCCCUCUUCCCGUGGCCACGCGCGUCUUCGACAUCUUCAUGUACGAGGGGCUGGAGAUCGUCUUCCGCGUGGGGAUGGCACUGCUGCAGUUCAAUCAGGCUGAGCUCGUCCAGCUCGACAUGGAGGGCAUGUCCCAGUACUUCCAGAAGGUGAUACCUCACCAAUUCGACAGCUGCCCCGACAAACUCAUCCUCAAGGCCUUCCAGGUCAAGUACAACCCCAAGAAGAUGAAGAGGCUGGAGAAGGAGUAUGCAGCCAUCAAGAACAAAGAGAUGGAGGAACAGAUCGAGAUCAAGCGCCUCCGCACCGAGAACCGCCUGCUAAAACAGCGCAUUGAAACCCUGGAGAAGGAGAGCGCGGCUCUCGCCGACAAGGUCAUCCAGGGCCAGGUGACACGGGCGCAAGAGGCAGAGGAGAAUUACAUCAUCAAGCGGGAGCUGGCGGUAGUGAAGCAACGCUGCACCUCGGCCACCGAAAACCUGCAGCGCGCCCAGACCACCAUCCGGCAGCUGCAGGACCAGCAGGGGAACCCACGUUUCAGCGAGGAGUUUGUCACCCACCUGGAGACGGAGCUGGAGCAGUCGCGGCUGCGGGAGAGCGAGACCCUCGGCGCCCUCAAAGAGAUGCAGGAUAAAGUCCUCGACAUGGAGAAGAGGAACAGCCUGCUGCCGGACGAGGACAACGUGGUGCGGCUGCAGGAGGAGCUGCAGGCGCUGGCGCUGCGCGAGGCCGAGGCCGUCAAGUCGCUGACGGAGCUGCAGCAGCAGGUGAAGGACCUCAGCGACAGCUGGCAGGCGGGCCGGGCGGGCGGGCGUUGGAAGGAGUCGCCGCGACGGAGCAACGCCAACGCGCUGCAGGAGGCCGUGGUGGCGGCGCGGCUGCGGGAGGCCCAAGCCCAGGCCGAGCUGCGGGCGCUGCGCCAGCGGGUGCUGCAGCUCGAGACACAGGGCCAGAUCCAGCGCACGGUGCUGGGCCGCGCGGAGCAGACGUGCGCGGGGCUGCGGGAGCAGCUGCGGCUGGCGGCGGCGCAGAGCAAGGGGCUGCAGGCGCAGCUCAGCGAGAGCCACCGCAAACACGCCGAGGCACAGUGCAAGAGCAAGGAGGAGGUGAUGGCGGUGCGGCUGCGCGAGGCCGACAGCAUGGCGGCCCUGGCCGAGAUGCGACAGCGCGUCGCCGAGCUGGAGAUCCAGAGGGAGGAGGGCAUGAUCCAGGGGCAGCUCAACCACUCGGACGCCGCCCAGUACAUCCGCCAGCUCAAGGACCACAUCGACGAGCUCAAGGCCGAGAUCCGGCUGCUGCGGGGGCCGCUGGCCUUCGGGGCGGUGGGGCUGGGGACACGCCUUGGGGACGAGGACUCGCUGGGUUCCUCCGACGAGGAGCUGCCACCCUUCGCCCUGACCCACGGGGACAUCGGGGACCUCGGGGACCUCGGGGACAUGGGGGACAGCAGCGACAGCGAGACCGAGGGGGCACCCACGGCACCGUGACCCACGGGGACCUCGGGGACAUGGGGGACAGCGGCGACAGCGAAACCGAGGGGGCACCCACGGCACCCCGAGCCACGGGGACACUGGGGACGUGGGGGACGGCAGUGACAGCCAGGGACCCCGACCCAUGGGGACGUCGGGGACGUGGGGGGACCCGCCAGCCCCAUGGCACCCUAGGGGCACCCAAGGGACGCUGAGGACACCCACGGCACCCAGAGGACAUCCGGAGGACACUAAGGGACACCCACAGCACCCAGGGGACACUGAGGGACACCCACGGGCCCUGCAGCACCCAGAGGACACCGAGGGGCACCCACGGCACCCAGGGGAUGAUGUGGGCACCUGUGGGUCCCGUGGCACCCAGGGGACGCUGAGGGACACCCACAGCACCCAGGGGACGCUGAGCGACACCCACGGGCCCCAUGGCACCCAGCAGACAUUAAGGGACACCCACAGCACCCAUGGGACACUGAGGGCACCUAUGGGUCCCGUGGCACCCAGGGGACACUGGAAAGCACUAAGGGACACCGAUGGGCCCCCCCCCCACAGCACCCAUAGGACACCCAGGGGAUGCUGCGGGCACCUGUGGGUGCUGUGGCACCCAGGGGACACUGAGGGACGCCCACGGGCCCCAUGGCACCCAGAAGACACGAAGGGACACCCACAGCACCCAAGGGACGCCAUGGGCCUUGUGGCACCCAGAGGACACUGAGGGGCACCCAGGGGACACCGCGGGCACCCAUGGGCCCCGUGGCACCCAGAGGACACCCAAGGGCCACCCAUGGCACCCCGGGGGGGGGGCAGGAUCCGGCCGGGGGUCUUGGGCCUGGGGGUGCCCCGAGCCCCAGCAGGACCCUGGGUGGGUGGGGGGGACCCCAGGGACCCACUGGAUCCCACGGGGGGGGGGGGGAGACGACACCCCCACCCCCAGGAUGGAGCCCCAGGGCGGAUCCUGAACCUGGGGGGACCCCCCCCACCCCCCCCGACACCCACCGGGACCCCCCCCCCACCCUGACACCCACCCUCCCAAGAACGCGGCCGGAUCCUGCGCACCCCCGGACACGGGCUGGGGGGGGGGGGGGAACCCCGAAACGGGGCUGGGUCCUGGACAUUUUGGGGGGGGGGGGGAAACAGGGGACACCCCGAGGUGUCGUCGUCCCCCCCCCCCACUGUUUAUACCCUGUACAGAGAAAUACAGACGCUGUGGGACACCGGGCCCCAAAA